AUGAUUCCCUUUGCCUCUGAAGUGAUUGAUUCUACUGUAGAGGAAAAAAGAUUAAAAACAAAUAAAGAAAACAAUUUCAAUUGGUAUAGAUGGGGUCCCUAUCUAAGUGAAAGAUCAUGGGCCACUGUCCGUGAAGAUUAUUCAUAUAAUGGUGAUGCUUGGAACAACUUCCCCUUUGAACAUGCUAACGCAAGAGUAUUUAGAUGGGGUGAAGAUGGGUUAUUUGGUGUAUCAGAUGCUAAACAACAAAUCUGUACCAACGUGGCUCUUUGGAAUGGUAAAGAUGAAAGAUUGAAAGAAAGAUUAUUUGGGUUAACAGGUCAUCAAGGUAAUCAUGGUGAAGAUGUUAAAGAAUUAUAUUAUUAUCUCGAUAAUACACCAACUCAUUCUUAUAUGAAAGCUUUAUAUAAAUACCCGUUUACAAAACCUUUCCCCUAUAAACAAUUGAUUGAAGAAAACGGUAAGCGUGGGUUUGAAGAUAAAGAAUUCGAAAUUUAUGAUAUCGAUGGCAUGUUUAAGGAUUCCAAGACAAAUGAUAAUUGCUACUAUGAUGUUUUUUUCGAAAUGGCUAAAGAUGAUGAAAAUCCAGAAGAUUUAAGUUUUAGAAUUACCGUUUAUAAUAGAAGUGAAUUGAAUUCAGGUGAAUUAUAUGUUAUUCCACAAAUGUUUUUUAGAAAUACUUGGGCAUGGGAAGUUGAUGAAGAAAAAAGAGAAGCCAAUAAACCUUGGUUAGAAAAGGAUUCCAAUUCUUCAAACUUAAUUAAUGUUCAUUCACAAAAAUAUGGUGAAAGGAAAAUUGUAUUUCAACCUUCACCAGGUGUCUUUGCAGUAGAUGAAAAUGGUAAUCCAUUAAAUGAAGAAGACGAAGAUACUGAUGAUGAUAUUGAACCAGAAUUAUUAUUCACAGAAAAUGAAUCGAAUUUAGUUAAAUUAUUUAAUGAGAAAAAAAAUAAAUCAGAAUUUACCAAAGAUGCCUUUGAAGAAUACUUGGUUAAAGAAAAUAGAGAUUCAGUGAAUCCAAAAAAUAGAGGUACAAAAGCUUGUGCUGUUUAUCAUUUCCCCAAUAUUCCACCAGGUGAAUAUGUAACAGUAAGAUAUAAAUUUACUAAUGAUUUUAAAGAUAGCAUAUUUCAAGCUCAAGAUUUAUCUUUAUUAGAUGAAGAUGCAUUUGAUCAUGUCUUUGAAGAUAGAAUUGAAGAGGCUGAUAAUUUCUAUUGGAGAAUUAAUCCUUUACCAAUUAAUGAAGAAUUAAGAAAAAUUCAAAGACAAGCUUUUGCAGGUUUAUUGUGGACAAAACAAUUUUAUCAUUUCAUUUGGGAAAAUUGGUAUAAUGGUGAUCCAAAUAUUAGACCAGCUCCACCAAAAGAUAGAGCUAAUGGUAGAAAUAAAGUCUGGAAAAAUUUAUAUAUUGAUAACAUUUUAUCAAUGCCUGAUAAAUGGGAAUAUCCAUUUUUCGCAUCUUGGGAUACUGCCUUCCAUUGCAUUCCAUUAGCCAUGAUUGAUCCCGAAUUUGCUAAGCAUCAAUUAGAUUUACUGACAAGAGAAUGGUAUAUGCAUCCAAAUGGUCAAAUUCCCGCUUAUGAAUGGAAUUUCUGUGAUGUAAAUCCACCUGUUCAUGCUUGGGCUGUUUAUAGAACCUUCAAAAUUGAAAGAAAUCUAUACGGUCGUGAAGAUAGAGUCUUUCUAGAAAAAGUUUUCCAAAAAUUAUUGUUAAAUUUCACUUGGUGGGUUAAUAGAAAGGAUACUGAAGGUAGAAAUGUCUUUGAAGGUGGGUUUUUAGGUUUAGAUAACAUUGGUAUCUUUAAUCGUAGUGAACCUUUACCCACUGGUGGUACUUUAGAACAAGCUGACUCCACUGGUUGGAUGGCGUUCUUUGCCUUACAAAUGCUAAAUAUUGCUUUAGAAUUGGCUAAAGAAAAUCCAGUUUAUGAGGAUAUUGCAAGUAAGUUUUUCCAACAUUUCAUUUUAAUUAGUGAUUCAAUGUCAUUUGAAUAUACUGUUGAUAAUAGUUCUGGAGAAUUAAAACAAAUUAUUAAACAAAAUCUUUGGAAUGAAGAUGAUAAAUUUUAUUACGAUGCAAUUUCUUGGGGACCUCAACAUAGACAACAAAUUCCAAUUAGAUCUUUAGUAGGGUUAAUUCCAUUGUAUGCAGCAAUGACACUAGAACCACAUUUGUUAACAAAAUUCCCUAAUUUUAAGAAGAGAGUUGACUGGUAUAUUGAAAAUAAACCAGAAAUAUUCGAUAGAAAUGUAGCUUCAAUGAGUAAAAGAGGUGUUGGUGAAAGAUUAUUAUUGUCUUUGGUAUCAAAGGACAGAUUAAAGUCAAUUUUAGAGAGAAUGUUGGAUGAAAAUGAAUUUUUAUCUCCAUAUGGUAUCAGAUCAUUAUCUAAAUAUCAUGAAAAACAUCCAUUUGAAAUGCAUGUCAAUGAUUCCUUUUAUCAAGUCAAAUAUUUAUCAGGUGAAUCAAAUUCCGGUAUGUUUGGUGGUAAUUCGAAUUGGAGAGGUCCAAUUUGGUUCCCAACUACUUUCUUAAUCGUGGAAUCUUUACAAAGAUUCUUCUUAUAUUAUGGUGAUAGCUUUAAGGUCGAAUGUCCAGUAGGUUCAGGUAAUUUGUUGAAUCUUGCUGAAGUUGCAGAAGAGAUUGCUUACAGAAUGAUUUGUUUAUUCAUGCCUGACAAAGAUGGUAUCAGACCAAUAUUAAAAACAAAUGAUUUUAAACCUGAAAUAAAAUCAGAUGAAGAACAAAAAUUAGAUGUAUCACAAAAUGAAUCUUCCAUUCCAAUUAAUAAGGAAUUAGACACUGUUGAAAAUAUUUCAGAUCAAGAAUCUUCCUCAUCGCCGAUGUCAAUGACUUCUUCAUCUUCUACAUCAGCUCAUAAUUCAAAUAAAAAAGAAAGUUGUCCUGAUUCUAAUGAUGAUUUGUCAUGCACCGAUACAGCUACUGGAUCUUUGAAUUCAGAUUCCAAUGAAGAUGAUAUCAGAAAGGGAAUUAAGAAGGCCUUCGAAGAUGAUAUUCAAAAGAUACAAAGAAAAGACGUCAAUAGGAAAAAAGAAAAAGAAGAAGAAAUCAAGCCAUUGGACACAAGCUAUCUAUCAACAGAUCCUCAUUUCAAAGAAUACAUUACAUUUUUCGAAUAUUUCGAUGCCGAUACUGGUAGAGGCUUAGGUGCUACUCAUCAAUGUGGUUGGACAUCAAUUGUAUCCAAAUGGAUCAAUGAUUUAGCCUUAUCACAAAUGAAGAACCCACGUAAAACAAGGUCUAAUUCGCUCUAUUCCACAACUACUGCAACAGAUAGCAGUUCUGUACCAAUGGCCGCUGACUAUGGUCUUGAUGAACCUAAUAAAUGGCUAAUGUCUACAAGACGUAAGAGUGCAAAGUCUAUGGUUUACUUCACCGGUACUGUAUUAGAAUUAACAGAAGAAGAAAAAUUACAACAUACGCUAGGUGGUGCAAAGACUGGUGUUACUCCAAGGUCGAGUAUUGCCGAAGCUUCUUCAAUGAAAUCCUCAUCUAAACAGAAACCAUCUUCAAUAGAAAAUGCUCAUUACUUUGAAAAUGAAGUUAUUAAAAAAUUAAAGGAUAAAUUGAGGAAGAUGUCGGUCGAUAGUAGCAAGAGUAGUGAAGAUGAUGAUCAAGACAGUGAAUUGCACUGCUAUUAA